UACGGUCGCUAGUGCUUGUAGCAGGUAAAAAAAAAUGGUAAAAAAAAAUAAAUACAAAUCUGUAGACCACCAUAAGAAGGAGAAAGUUACUCCAGCAAAAACAAAGACGGAAACUCCGGGCACUAUGGAUCCGAAGGAUAUUGAAGCAAGACCAUCUGAAAACAAGGAAAGUUCUCCCGAGAUGGAGGUGGAGAAGGCUAAAACGCACUUGGACCAGAUGUUGGCUCUUUCCACAAUGCCACUGCGUUUGGAUCACCAAAUCCGGUGCAUCAAGGCUCUUCAGCAGGAGCUCUUUAAGCUUCACCUGAAGCAGAUGUUUCUCCUCGACGGCUGCGCAGAUUUCCUCCAGGAACUUAAUGCCGUUCAGCCGACUAAUGACUGCGAGGAGAAAAUUGUUUUGGAAACAUUUCGCGAGGUCAAGUCGAAGCUAUCAGACGUAUUUGAGCGCUACCUUCCCGCUCAGCUGGAUAUGCUGAAGCAAGAAUCGAAGAUUUUGCAAAUGUCCAGCGAAAUGAUUUCAAAAUAAUUUCAUUAUUUUGAUUUAUAACAACAAAUAUAAUGAAAUAAUAUCGGAAUUAGGAAAACUCUCGAA